UGCGGUUCAUGCUUUGGCUUCGGUAAUUUCUUCUAAGCACUUUUUUUUGGUGGCAAUUCACAUACUUCGCAAGGAAGGACAGCUCGGUUAUUCGGUGGAGAAAAGAUUGUAAAGAAAACGCUUGUGUAGUUUAAAUUAACUUCAAAUUAAAGAGAAAAACUGAAAAGCGUUUGAUAUUGUAUAAGGCAGCAGAUAGGGCUGUGUAAAUCUUGAGGUGUAAAAUAUCUGACUUGAAUUUUGCAAUAUUCAUUUUUGGUGUGCGGUGUGUAUGUGCUUGCGAUUUUCGUACGCAACUAUCUGAGAAGAAGUCAAAAAGAUGUGAUUUACUUUCAGGCACAAGCCAGUUGCAGUCAGCCCACCUCGAAAGUAUUUGUUGGCAAAUUCAGAAGUGAGUUUCAUUCUGUGAUUCUGAAGUGUUCCAAUUGUGUAAUUAUUCGAACGCUGAGAUUGAACAACCGAAGGAUAAGCAGCCCCUUUGGGUGUAACGGGGGCCGAGCGAAAGUGAACAUACGGGAGCUGUGCUGGUGGACGAUGCCAAUGUUGUCUCAAUUUCAAAUGAACUUUCGUGCGUUUCUGGUGCUGGCAUCGAAGAUAUGGACCUGCCUCUGCUAUAUGUUCAACCGACAGGUUAGAGCGCAUCAACCGGUGAAAUAUGAACUGUUCCCUCUUUCGCCGGUGUCUCGGCACCGGCUCAGCAUGGUUCAGCGCAAAACUUUGGUGCUGGAUUUGGACGAAACGCUGAUACACUCGCACCAUGACGCGAUGCCGCGGAACACCGUCAAGCCUGGAACGCCGCACGACUUCACCGUCAAAGUGACGAUCGACCGGCACCCGGUGCGGUUCUUCGUGCACAAGCGACCCCACGUGGAUUACUUUUUGGAUAUCGUAUCGCAGUGGUAUGACCUAGUUGUCUUUACAGCUAGUAUGGAAAUCUACGGCGCAGCGGUCGCCGAUAAACUAGACAACGGACGAAACAUCCUGAAACGUCGUUAUUACCGGCAGCACUGUACGCCAGAUUUUGGUUCCUACACCAAGGAUUUAUCGGCGAUCUGUGGCGACCUUAACAGAAUAUUUAUCAUAGACAAUUCUCCCGGUGCGUAUCGCUGUUUUCCAAAUAAUGCCAUACCGAUCAAGUCCUGGUUUUCGGACCCAAUGGAUAUUUGUUUGUUGUCAUUGUUACCUCUUUUAGAUGCUUUAAGGUUCACAAACGACGUACGAUCAGUGCUAUCGAGAAAUCUGCACUUACAUCGUUUAUGGUAGCAGAAUUUAAGUAAUAUUCUAUGGUGCGCUGUGAGACUUCUUAAAUCUUACAAAUAUUCGUUUAUUUUGUUUUAAUUUUUCAUACCGAAAUGAAAAACACAAAUUUGAUGGAAAUUUUGAAAAAAAAAUUGAUAAAUUGAAAACAGUAAUGAUAAAAAAAAUCACAAAAGUAAAAAAUAUCUAACCUAAUUUCGAUGGACAAAUAGCUCAUUUUGUAACAGUAAUAGUAACUUAUUUAAAGUAUUGUCGCCUCACUAAUAAUUUUUUCGUGUUCAUUUUUAUUUCAUCGCCGUAACGACUGUUAUAUUUUCGCAACUGUCUGUUCAGAUGAUAUACCUACCUAUAUAUUUUAAAUUUUCGUUUCGAAAAUCAGGUACAGCUCGAAAUCCAUUUCUUCCGCUCUGCUGCUAGUAGCUUUCCGAGGCAUACCGUUCACAAAACGAACGAACGUUAGGUUUACAGUAGCGGGCCUAUAUGCUGAUUACAAGAAUAAUGUUACUGACAUUAUUCGAUAAGUUUACCUGAAUGAUUGUUUAAUUAGCUAAGAACAAGUUGAAGACAAAUUUAUUUAUACGGAUGAUUGUACCAUUUAAUGAGUGUAAAAUAAAGUAAAAGGUGAAUACUUAAGAACUGUAUGUCUUGAUAAGAUGAAAAUAUAGAGUGACACAAAUUAGGAAAUAAAGCAAAAUCAUGAGGUUACCUCCUGUCGGUUUAACACCAGGUGUAAACUUGGAGGCAUAAGAUUUUAGUUUUUAGGAUAUUCUUUAAGCAAACACUCAUUAAACAAAAUAACACUCAAAUCAACUAAAUUUCGUACAUGUAAGCGGACCUCUAAAACCGAGUGGUCAUACUAUCAAUUAUUGUAAGCAGCGUCCUUCUAAGUUGACUAGAAACCUAGGAACGGGCGCUAUAAAACCAAAAAAAUGAGAACUUACGCUGAACACUAUCGGUUGUGUCGAUUGAAAGAAACAGACUUCAAUCUUCCGCAUUCUAAAAUUUGCAAUGAAUGACAACCUUCAGUUGCACACUACUGACAGCACCCAAUAGCUAAUGUAUUUUUCGAACUGUAUUAUCAUUCAAACGCUACAAACUGUUUGGAAGCUUUGAAAAUUUAUCGUAAUUACCAGUUUUAUUUUAAAAUGAAUCGUACUCUAGAACAUUUUGACGCACUAUAGGUAUUGUUUGGUGAAAAAAAUGUGCUAAUACCUUUUGUAAUCAUUAAAAAUUUGUAAAAUUUACUGAACGUAUCACGCUUCAUGUUAUUUGGAAUUUUUCGUUAAGAUUUUUUUUCGCUCCUGGCUAUCUUGUUUUCAAGAGCCAUGUUCAGUAGUUGAUUUACAUUACUGUUAAUUGUAUGACGAAUCGUGAAAUUCUUCCUUUGAGUGCAGACUGCAUUUGUUAUGUUGUACAUGUUUACUUUGUUCGAUCACAUCGAAGUUUCAAGUCCUGUUUUACCGGUGGUAUUCCCCGUAUUCGAGGACACUCCUUUAAUAGUAAUGUAAUUUAGAAACAAACUAAGUAAACAAAGAAUCAACAUAAACUAUUUUGGAAAACUGUAACAGAUACUACAAUUACAGAGCAUCAGUAAAUCGGACAGUACUCUGCUCAACAGAGAAUGUCGGUUUGGAUAAACAUUGGAUAGAUGAGCACACACAUGUAAUUAUCGCUUUUCACGAGCAGCGACUAAACACAAAUCUUACAUUGAACCAUGCAAACAAACAAAAAGUAAACAAAUAUUCAACUAAUCCUAAACUGUAAUAGGUAGUAUUUUGUAAAUAUAGUUUGAUAGAACGAUCAUGAGAAAACAAAGUCCAAAUAUGA